GGCCAGAUAUCGGGCUUGCAUGCCGGCUUGCGCGCGUCAGAGGAGGCAUACUCGGAACUUGACGCCGAGCAUCAGCGACUCAGACAUGCCUCCACCGAAGUCACUAAUGAGCUUUUGCAGCGCGUCGAUUCACUUCAGCAGACGGUUGCCGGCUUGCAGACGGAGAGCCAGUCAUUGCAGAAGGAAUUGACUUCUGUGCAAGCCGAAGCAGCGCUCAAGGAUGCUGCCAUGCACCAGGUGGCACAAUUGCAAAGCUCUAUGUCGGCGCUGCAGCAACGUGCCAGCCAGCUUGUGGCAGACCUCAAGCAGCGCAAGAACAAGGCCGAGAAGCACGCCGCGGAGCUGUCCAACCACCUCUCCGCUGCGCAGCAGCAGCUCGCGCAGGAGAUCGCUGCACGGACGUCUAAUGACGACUACGUGCGGCGGCUGGCCUGGGAGCGGCAGCAGCUGGCGUCCGCGCUGGAGCUGGAGCGACUAAUUAAUGAGCCUCUCCGGCACACCAGCUACGCGGUCAGCACGACGCUUGCCCACGUGAUGCGAUCUCCGGUGGCGGCCACCGUCGCGGACCGGGCCUCGCCGGAUCGCCACAUGAACCGGAUCCCACACCUGCAGCAGCAACAGCACCCGUACUGCAAUCUACAGCUGCCCAAGCCGCUGGUGCCACCCUACUCGCCGCCGCACUUCCGUAAGGUUCGCGGAGCUCCGAAACCAGGGCUCAUCACGGGUCGCAACCUGACCCGUCUUGGGAGGUCCUGGGCCACUACCACCGCAGCUGCCGGGGGACCCCAUCCGUGCUUCCUAGACAACCUCAACUCGCACCUCUCACCGCCGCCACCAGGGCCGUACAGGAAAGCUGUGAACCUCGCGACGCCGUCCUCCACGCCACGGUCAGCGCCGAAAAGUGCCAAGGUCUUUAGCAAGGACUGA